CUCCAACUGCAUAAAAGAACACAUACUGGAGAGAAACCCUACAAAUGUAAUCACUGUGGGAAAGCCUUUUCACGACACGGAAAUCUCCAGAGGCAUAAAAGAACACAUACUGGAGAGAAACCCUACAAAUGUAAUCAGUGUGGUAAAGCUUUUUCAGAAAACGGUACUCUCAAACUACAUAAAAGAACACAUACUGGAGAGAAACCCUACGAAUGUAAUCAGUGUGGGAAAGCCUUUUCAGAAAUCAGUAAUCUCAAACUACAUAAAAGAACACAUACUGGAGAGAAACCCUACGAAUGUAAUCAGUGUGGUAAAGCCUUUUCAAGAAAAGGAAAUCUCCAAGUGCAUAAAAGAAUACAUACUAGAGUGAAACCCUACAAAUGUAAUCAGUGUGGGAAAGACUUUUCACAACACGGAAAUCUCCAAAGGCAUAAAAGAAUUCAUCCUUGA